GCUUUGUCCAGUUGUCGGGGCUACGGCAGCACCAUCGAUGCACAGCAGUGAGCGGCCCUUCACCUGCCCCGACUGCAGCAAAGGCUUCAAGUCGUCGCCAGAGCUGAAGAUGCACAGGCUCGUGCACACCGGUGAGCGCCCCUACACCUGCAGCGACUGCGGCAAGAGCUUCACCCGCUCCGGCAACCUGCAGGUUCACCGGCGCAUCCACACCGGUGAAUGCCCCUACACCUGCGCCCAGUGCGGCAAGGGCUUCAUCCACUCCAGCACCCAGCUGGUGCACCAGCGCACCCACACCGGUGAGCACUCCUACACCUGUAGCCACUGCGGCAAGGGCUUCAUUUACACAGCAGCCUGA